GCACAGGUAUCUUUGUUGUUCCACUUCUCCAGAUCCAAGCCAAACCGUAGGUUAUACUUGUGUAGGUACUUUAACUCAUGGAAAUGUUCAUUCCAUUCGCUGUUUAGGAGAGACUCUGCUCUUGACGCGAUGAGUCGUUAUGCCAGCUUUAUUCCGCAGGUAAGUGCCAGAUAUCAAACAGGUGAACAGAUUUCAAGUGUCUGAAUACCGAUUCAUUACACCGGAUUAGGGUGUGUAAUCUACAUCCCGUCUGUUUGAAGUGCAGUUCAAUAGCAAGUGUUUAUUUGAAAGAAAUGAGUUCGAGUAAAGCCAGCGAUGAAACUGAUCGCGGUGUAGUGACUAAUCGCACAGAGGAGCAUAGUAAUGGAGCUGCAGUAUUUAUGCAGCCGCAAAAUAAAAAUUCUCGUAUCCAGGAAACCUCCCUGUCAGUUGAAAACAGCGGACAUACAGAUAAGGAGACUAGCACCAGUUCAAAUUGGGUAAAAUUUGAUGAUGACGAAGGCGGCAAAAAAGUAGGGACAAACCUGCAAUCUAAUGCACCGACAGUGCCAGUAACAACAACGGAAAAUGUUACACCGGCGGUUUUACCCACAGAAACAGUCCACGUUACCGUUGAUUCGAGGUUUCCAACUACGCCAAAACAAACCACCAAUAACUUAACUACCAACACAGUGUCUACACCGAUGGGCGCUGCUCCUGCUAGUGGCAUCACCAAAACCUCGCAACCUGCUGUAAUAGACAUUCCCAAACAGUCAGUCAAUGUUGUUCAACCUAUUCAGUCAAUGCGUACCAUUGAACUGUCCACCGGCCGUGUACGCGAAGGAUUUGCAAAUGGUGAUGUUAUUGUUACGCUACUCCCAACAAACACUCGCUGGCCAUGGGUUACCCCUGCGGUUUUCAAACCAGAGCUUGUUCCAGAGGAAUUGAUGGCUCAGGGAUUAACACUAACCGUCGAAGAGUACGUUCAUGCUAUGGAAACAUUAGUUAAUGAUUACCGUUUCACCAUGUACAAUAUAUGCUACAAGCGUGUACUAGUUGUUUGGAUACUUUUUGCUUUCAUUGUACUGCUCGGUUUAUUAUUUUCUGGUCUCUAUGGCAUUACGUUAUUUUCCUUGGGCGUCGGAUGGCUAUUCCUCAAUGCGGCGGCCAUUUUCUUAUGCAUGUGGGUUAAGUUGCGUUUAGCACGUGGUCUCGAACGGUGUAUGGCCCGUGUUAAUAAACAAUUGAUACGGCACAAAAUUCUACUCGUACUGGACGACAGAGGGCACAUUUCAUGUCACAAAGUAAAUCUAUGUUUCAUGUAUUUUGAACCAUCACAAUGCAUCAGCUACCUAAACGAGUUUAUCGAACGGAGCGAGCAGAACGGCAAUACCAUUGAAUCUGGCUGGGAAAGUCGACUUGACGUUACCACUAAUGACAUUGUUAUUCAAGGAGCCAACACGACUCGGUUGUCUAGAAAGCAGGGAAGAGCUGAGGAUAUAUUUCUACGCUAUUUGCAACGAUGGGGUAAGGACUACCUUCGACGGCGAUUGGAUUGGACCAUCGAAGAAAACGGUAUCGUGUCUGCUCCCAGACACAUUCCGACUGCUUACUGUCCUUGUCAGUAUGGUGAAGAAGUUUUGCUACACAAAAAACCGAAAGAAGAUCCACGUGUUUGCUGUGCUUCACUUCGGCUUCGACUUCAAAGAAUUGGAUUCCAGUUCUAAUCCGCCAUUUGUACCUUAAACAUGUUUAAAACGUUGCAACUCAGUCAAAACGCCAAAUGGAAAUAAUAUCAUUGUAUUAAACGUGAAGCAUACUGUAAAGACCUAAUGCGGAGCUCGACUUAAUGACUAAAUUAUAUUCUCACUAACAAUUAGUACAAACAUGUUAACAAACUGUGCCUGUAACAAGUUUAUUGAUAAGCAAAGAUCAGAUACAUGGGUGAUGGAUAUUAUAAAUAAUAUGAUUAAACUUCUAAAAUUAAGCAUAUCAUAAGGGAAAUUUUCACAACCGGAAAAACCCGGGGAAAUAUUGAAUUUUCGCAGGAUGGUUAAGCAGAAAGCUUUUAACACGCUUUGUUACAGGAACGUGGAUUGCUGCUGUUGCUACGCUACGCUUCCCGCUGGGGUAACCAAUCGAUGCGAGGGCUAAUAGAUGUUACAUCCGUUGAACCAGCACGACACUGUCACCAAUUUCAGUGUCCCUGUCAAUAUAUUGAGUAUCAUCUAAAAUGUAAACCACGAGGCAAGUUUAAAUUUUGUUGUUUAUGUUACUGGGUGUCGGCUUCCGAGUGGUAUGGCUAGGCUAAAGAUACGGAUGAUGUUUCUUAACAUUAUCACCUUCUUUGUAUACUUACUUGCAUGUAUAACUAGAACGGUGAACAGCUAAUUAACGACUUUGAUUCAUCUGCCAAAAUUCGACGAAAUUUAUGUGUAAACAUUGGGAUCAACUGAGAUGCAUUUUUUAUUCAUGUGAUACCUGAAGAAUCUGUAAAUAAGCGUUAGGCACAAAUUACGUAACUUUUGAAAAAUACAUCACUUUGUACUUAAUAAGUGCGGUAAAAUACUUGCUGGUGCCUCACUAAUGAUAUUUAAUGUAGUUUUUAUAAUUGUUUUUAUUACUUUGAGAAUCCACUUAUUCCAACAGUACGCUUCACUAAAUUUUGUAAAUACUUACAUGUUUGAGUAUUUUGUAGUUACAUUAGGGUAUGUGAUACAUCUGAAGAUUGAAGUAAAAUGAUACAUGCUAAUUAAACUAAAUAAAUCUACCGAUUCCGUCCAUCCGCCUUUAAACAUUUGCUCAUUUCAUUGUUAAGCGGAUCAAUGGAAACGAUUGCAAGGAUUUUAGAUCUGAAAAAUUGCAAUAAAAAAUACUAUUAUUAUACUGAAACCUAUAAUGUAGCAAAAUAUGCAAAAUUAGUCGAUAAGGCAGUUGAUGUCUUUAUUGAAAUAUACUUGUUAUAGUAAAGGAUAUUUAUAUAUUAAUUCCGAAAUUACACUGUUUGUCCUUCUUUUGCACAAAUCUUCUCACAUUAACAAUGGGUUCCACAAGCUAUUUUAUCUGGUAUUAACUAUCUGGCAUAAAAUAUUAUGGUAUAUCGUGCUCGGUCAUCUAAAUCAAUUAGACACGACCGGGCGCUUUAAUUACCUAAAAAUGUUCGAAUGUGUCAUCCACCAAUCUCAAGAAAAGUUUCUUGAUGUGUUUUGCUGAAAUUUAAUCGUUUAACUAACAAUAUUUACUUUAUAUUCCAUCAUAUUUUACACAGCAUAAACGAAAAAGCCCGGUCAAUCGUGCUGGCAACAUUGCAGUAACAGGUCAUGAACGUAACAACAAUAAUUGUCUAACCAAAAACAAAUAUUUUUGAGUAUGAUUUUAGUACAAAAGUAAGAUGUAUUCGUGAUUCGGCCAAUUAUACUGAUGUAAUUUUUUUUAUUCGGAUGUGCUGGAAAAAGCCAUUUUUUGUAUGUUUUAAGGAUUUUGACAUUUUUUUUUUUCGAUCCAUUCGUAUUCUAUUGAAAACUGUAUGUUGUUAUCAAAACGAGCGACGUACUUUGAAUCGCUAAAAGUUGUAAAUGAAAUUUUCAGCGUCACAAAUUUUUGGCAUUUGAAACGCUAAUCACGCAGUCAGACUUUCUGAAACACAGUGGCCCGAAAAAUCUACUUUUUUCAAAAUUUUAAAUUUUCAAAAAGUCGUUACUUUUGAUUAGUUUGACCGAAUUUCUGAAUCUUUGCCGUUAAAGUAAAGGUUAUUAGGCCUUUCAAAGCGCAUUUUGUCGUCUAUCGUUUAAUAUUUUGUUUUGAGCAUAUUCCAGAUCAAAAGGCAUUAUCAUUCCAGUAAGUGGGGAGCCUGAGGAUUAACCCAAGUCCUUCGACGUCGAAAGGUCCUGAACCUACUGAGAAUCGAACCCACAAUCAUCCACCUGUCAAAGCGGACUUUGUAACCUUGCGGCUACGCAGCUCCCUUUAAUUCAACAUGACGAAUACGGUUUUUUUCAAAAUCGUGUUCGACUAAGGAUUACCACACUCCUGGACAUCGACUUACGGUGCAGUUCAUCCAGCUCCAAUUUCAGUUCAGCCACCUGCUCUGCCAGAUGCUUUCUUAUUCUUUUCCACGUCGAAUGUUUUUGUUCUCCGUGCAUAAAUUUCCUAUUUCCGAUUUUAUCGAGUUGAAGUCAGUGAUAUAACUAUAUUUAAUGCGUAUAAUAUUGGAAUGCAAUAGAGCAUCCAAUCGUCUGUAAAGUGGUUUCUCAACUCACUCUGCUGUCUUCUAUGAUCAUCACCGAUACCAAAAGUGAUGGCGUUUGAGCGUUAUCCUUUUAGUAACGUUUUGGAGAGGGGUUUUAAAUAGGGUUCGUAGCGGAUUGGUGUUCUACGCUGACGCGUCGAACGACUUUGUACCUCAGGAUCUAUCGUUGGUGGAUUCUUUGGUAACCUAGGCCAAAGAUUCCUGUCUUCGAGACCCAUGAGCUCUCGCAAAAACUUCCGUUGAAAAUCGUUCAAACUUUUCGAUGAUUCUGCUAUCAAUACUACAUCCUUAGUAGAAUUUUGUUCGGUUGGACUGAGUUCCCUGGCACCCAACAUCGCCCUAUAUGUCGAGGAGGACAGUCCGCUCUGCUCUACACGAUUCACUCGGUUCAUCUGCAUAGCGUUUCCUCAGUUGGUUGCUAAGCGAAUGGAUAAGUCGCUGCAGUUCUGGAAGCCAAACAUUGUAUAUGACUGUACCCACUCGUUCAACGAUUUCUCCUGGCACCCAGUUUAUUUGUUUCCGUAGUGCACUUGAGCAAACACUUUACUUUUUACCUCGGAAGAUUUGUUCUUCGCACCAUGUUUAGCGUUGAGUUGUGGGUUUUGCUCGGUUUCCCUAAAAGCACCUUCACCGGGGUUGUUCCGUCUGGAGUAUUUCGACACUGUGUAGAUCUGUAGCAGAGUAGAAUAGUAUCAAGUGCUUCUUCUAAUGGUUCUCCUCCAGCCUAAAUUUUCUUUACUGUCCGUUUGAACAUGUCGACAAAGCGUUCCACUCGACCAUUGCUUCGAGGAUGGAACGGCGCUGUCAUGAGAUGCAUUUUCCUCGCGAAAUCUCUCAAACACAUCGCUUGUUAGCUGUGUCCUAUUGUCAGACACUAGCACGUCAGGCAUUCCAAAUCUGCUGAAAAUCUGACGUAAAAUAGAGAUGGUUGCUGCUGUGGUGAUUCUAGCAGGAGCCACUUCUGGCCACUUUAACAAUGAGUCUACCAAGAGAAGAUCACACACUUUAUUGAUCGGUCCUGCGAAAUUUAAACGCACACUUGCCAAGGCUUUUCAGGAAUUAGCUAUGAUUCAAGUUUAGUUUUAGCAUCAGUCUUCGCCACAGACGCACACUCAGAACAGGAUAGGAUUAAAGUUGAAACAUGGUCGUCAAUGUUCGGUCAGUACACACAACUCCUCGCGAGGGACCGCAUUCGCUCUACGCCCGGAUGUCCUAUGUGCAAGUAUUGCAGUACCUUACGCUGCAAUUUGUACGGUACCACAAUUCGUUCUCUAUACAUUAAGACUUUUUGCGCUACAUACAUCGAUUCCCGUCAUGCAAAGAAUUGUUAAACCUCCAAUCCACCGGAGACGGUUCUCUUGUCGCUAGGCCAAUUUUCGAUAACAUACUUCAGCACCUGAUGCAAGGUCUCCUCUUGAGUAGUCUCGGCUGCUAUCAUUUUAUAAGAAACAAGAAGAUACUCUAUUGACUGACUGACUACGUUGCAAAUUUCCCAUUCAAUCUCAAUUGGCGAAAGUGAAGAAAGGGAAUAUUUUUGCUUUUGUUUUCACACAUGAAUUGACAAUUGCAUAUGAGAAUUCGCGUAGGUGCGAACAGCCUUAAAAAUCUCUUUUACUUGUGUCAGGGCCAACAGAUUCGAUGACGUAAUCCUCAUCUGGUCUGACAUGGCUAUCGAUUAAACGGGAUAAUAUGUCUGCAUGGCCCAAAUGACUGUGCAUUGACUGGACAAAUGCAUAACGCCGUAGCCGUAGUAUCACGCUUCAGUUUAUUGAGAGAUUUGCACUCUUCGACAACCUGCACAAGUGUGAUAUCUUUUGUGUCAUUAAUUUUCGACAACAAACGUAUUCGAAUGUCAUAAUCUUUGGAUGAUUUCAGCCCAACCAAGAAAAUGAGAC